CCGCACUCUGCCGCUCGUUCCGCACCGCAGUUGUGUGUAGUACGUUGGUGGAGUCAGUUGUUCGCCAUGCGGGACCUGGCCAGCAAAAUGGCAGAACUAAAGUUUGAAGCACCUCUCGCACAAUUCGAGGAUGGUGACGAUUGGGGAUCCACAGAAUUCCAGACAGCUGCAAGCAUUAAAAACGAGAACGAAAUGAACAUGCUGAAUCUGCAGAUGAAGAAGAACAAGGAUCUCAACGACGUUUUGAACGACUUCAACGAGGACGUACUUUUGAAUGAUAACAGCAUCGAGAUUUUGGCUCCAAAAACUGGUAUCAAAUUGGUGAACGGUGACGGUUCCGUCUCGGACAACUUCACUGAAACGUUUUCCGGGUCCCUGGAGGAUCUGGUCAACACCUUCGAUGAUAAGAUCACGAAAUGCUUCGGGAACUACGAGGAGUCCGUGGAGAAGCUGGCUCCUGUACAAGUUAGAACUCAGGAGGAGAUCAUGAACGAAUGCCAGAUGUGGUGGACAAUCACUGGCAACUUCGGAAACAUCCUUCCAAUCGAUUGGUCAAAGUCGUACGCACGUAAACUACAUAUGCCCGCUUUAAAUUUAAAUGAAAAUAAGGAGCCUUUGACUCCCGAGGACGAAUUAGAGUUGAGCUCGGAGGACGAGGCCGUAGCUAGCGAUUUAGAUAUGCACGCAUUGAUUUUGGGCGGAUUGCACCAGGACACGGAACCUUUGAAAACUGCAGACGAGGUUAUCCAGGAAAUCGAUGACAUCAUGCAAGAGGAUGACUGCUCUUUGGACCACUCACCCGGUUCCCACUCAUCUCUGAAUGAUACCAACGAGACUCUAGAGAAAGCCAAAGAAGUCUUGAGCACUCCUCUAUAUGAAGAUAAAUUACGAGACUUGAGUUUAUCCCAACUAAAUGAAUUAUACUUGGAGCUAGAAGUUUUAAUUAGAGAAUUUUCCGAAACGCUUAUUUCCGAGUUGGCGCUGCGCGAUGAGCUUGAAUUCGAGAAGGAACUGAAGAAUACGUUCAUAUCUCUUCUUUUGGCCGUGCAAAACAAACGUAGGCAAUUCCAUGUAGAGAAGAAAAGAAGUAAAAGCAAUACUGUUCGUCCAUCUAAUGGUCCAGAUCCUAAGUAUUUAACUACAGUAAUUCCGUAUCAUUUAGACAGUGGCCCUCCAAACAAUCAGACUCUGCAAGUUCUAAUCAAGAUUUUGAAAGCUAUAAAUGAAGAUAGCCCGACCGUACCAACUCUUUUGACGGAUUACAUUUUGAAAGUUAUAUGUCCAACUAAGUAAGGUCCAGUGUUUUCAUUGUGCACAGAGGCUACGUAAAUUAAACUAGCUUACAGAAAAAAAAAUACAAAUAAUUAGUGAACAACUAAGUAAGAAAAAAAGGAAAAGCUUCAGCAUUUAUCAAAGCACAUUCGAUUCGUUGCAAAUAUUUUCUUUUGUUAAUUUAUUAUAAUUUUGUUAUUAUUUGUUCCUCUUUGUUUUAUUGAGUAGUACUGAUGUAAAUAUUUAUUCGCUGAAGAAGUCUAGUCUAAUCUUAAAGUCUAGUUAACUAGGGUAAUUGCCUGUUUCCAAAAAUUUAAAAAAAAAAACGCAUAUUUUUUUUGGACAGGACGAUAAAGGAAAUCAACUCCUUUCCUUGCACAAUAUGUUUUGUGCUCACAUUCGCUAUUUGAACGUAAACAAUUUCUCGUAUAUAUAUAUAUUUUUUUUAACUAAUUAUUAUUAUGUUGUUUUUAUUUUUUCUAAUUCAAAGUGAUAUUAGCUUGUAUUUUAA